AGGUGAUGAUGUUAAACGAUUAAAAACUUCUUGGAUUAUUAAAAUAGAUGAUGAUGGAAUAAAGCUUGAAUUACUUAAAGAAAAGAAUUAUGCAAGAAGAAUUAAAGAUCUAUAUGUAAUAUCUAGUACAAGUUUUAUACUAUCUGAUACUUCAGAAAAUAUUUAUACUCCUGUUAUAGAUAUCCAAAAAUUCUUAAAUAAAUAUCCUAAUAAUGUUAAGAAUGAUUAUUUCUUUGUAUCAAUCAAUAUACCAAAAAAUAUAUAUAAUAAUAAUUGGUAUUUAAUAACAAAGCUAGAAAAGGAUUAUAUGAUAUGA